AUGAACUUUCCAGCACCUAGUCCUCACGCGUUCACCGCUCUUGGAGUCGGUGCGUCUGGCCCCGGGGCCGCACUAGGACUUCAUGGACCAGCUCUUCCGCUUUCCUUGCCACAAAGACAUUCAUUCGGGAUUCAGGAACUUCUUGGCCUCAAUAGCCCUACCAGCUCGGACAGAUGUCGGCCACCCGCACCAAUGACGUCAGAUUCGUUUUUGUCGGCGUCGGCGUUUCUAGCAUCGUCGUUCUCACCACCGCUCUCUCUGACGUCCAUGGCGUCUGGACUGAACUCGGCGGCGUUUUCGUACAUGCCGUGGAAGUCGAGUUUAAUGAACGCGCUAGGUGGAUCCGCCCAAGGGUUACUGAAUUUCCAUUCGCCCAUGCCACCAGCAUCAUCUCCAAACAAUGUUCUGUCAAAAUCAGACUAUAAAUCAGGACUUGACGCCAGCUUCGCCAGUGACAAAAGUUCCGAUUCCAUCGAAACGAGUUCUGUUGGUGGAAAGAAAAAGAAAAAGAAGAGGCGACACAGGACGAUCUUCACGAGUUUCCAACUAGAAGAGCUGGAGAAAGCAUUCAAGGACGCCCACUAUCCUGACGUGUAUGCUAGGGAGGUGCUCGCCCUAAAAACCAACCUCCCAGAAGACCGGAUCCAGGUCUGGUUUCAAAACCGUCGUGCCAAAUGGAGGAAGACCGAGAAGACCUGGGGUCGAUCCAGCAUCAUGGCCGAAUACGGGUUGUACGGAGCGAUGGUGCGCCACUCGCUUCCUCUUCCGGAUACCAUACUGAAGAGCGCAAAGGAUGGGGUGAUGGACUCUUGUGCACCGUGGCUACUGAGUAUGCAUAAGAAAUCAGUAGAAGCUCAAGAAACAUUAGGUAGCGACAUUCCCGGGGAACCGAAGAUGAGCAUGGCAGAAAUAAUUCCACAGGAUCCAAACCAAAACGACGAGACAACAAGCAAUUUCGAAACGACCCGAAACCGAGGAGAGACGAAGGACGUUCGUUCCGAGAGCAUUGCUGCCCUUAGAGCGAAGGCAUUGGAACAUAGUGCCAAGUUAACGAGCUGCGACAGGCAUCGUACAAGUAGUGGACGCCAUUCUGCUGACUCUAAUGAUAUAACUGACCACGAAAACAAUAUUAUAUCUAUUGACGAUGAUGAUUAUAAAAGUGGGUUUGCUAAUCCCAAGAAUGAACAUGAACGACGUUUAUCUGUUUCAUAA